AUGGACUUGAGCAUUGAGGAAAAGAACGAGAUCUUCGACCUAGCCGCCUCAAACAAUGGAAUACUCACCUACGAAAUCAUGCGUCAGCACAUCAUCAACAAGGGGCAAGGUGACUUCGUUGAAAAUGAUCGUAACAUCAUUUCAAUUACUUCGUUGUUCAACAAAUUACAAAUGUUGCGCAUUUGUUCUCUUAGUAAAUACUCCGAGACAAAUGUUACAUAUGCUAAGGUUAGGACUAAGGAACUGGUAGAAAUUUUGGACAAAUUGGAUGAUGUAGACUACAGAGUCUAUUGUGCCAUUGAGCAGGCAGGGAAUGUAGGAAUUUGGACUGCAGAUAUACGAAAGUUUACAGGAUUGUUGAUUCACCAGGUGCAGAAGGCCAUCAAGAUGCUGGCCGAGGAAAAGGGGUUGAUCAAACCAGUCAAAGAUAUACAUCAUAAAAAUCGCAAAUUAUACAUGUUAGCUGAAAUAGACCCUGCAGUCGAAAUUGCAGGGGGUUCAUUUUACUCGAAUGGAGACUUCGACGAGUCGCUAGUGGAGACUUUACGAGAUCAGAUUAGCAGGUUUCUAAUGAAGUUUCAGGGGUCAACUAUUGAGAAAAUAACACAAUACAUCAAAGGGUUCGUAUGCGACAAGGUGUCGCAGGAAGAUAUUGAAAAGAUUGUCCAAAUACUAAUACUGGAAAAUAAAGCAUACUCGGCAAUUUCUGCAAACAAUACGAUGAUAUAUAUUUGGUGCGGUGACGCUCAACUGGAAACCCUUACUUAUUCGUAUAAUGUUCCUUGUUUCACAUGCCCCCUGCUUGAUCAGUGUGAAAUUGACCGGCUUUAUAAGGUGAAUCCUGGAGACUGCAUUUACCUUAAUGAGUGGUUAAGGGAAUGGGCCAAAUGA